CCAGCAGCUUUCUGUAGAGAGCGCGGGGGAAGGAGAAGGGCGCUAUGCACCCGUUAUACAGCGCCAUCCCGCACAGCGUCCCGAUCCGGAACAACGCGUCCUCACCGCCCGACGCCUGCUUAAACACAAGCACACAAAGGAAGCCGUGACUGCCCCUUCCCGGGAGCAGGCUCCCCUCACCCCCCGCGCCGGCCCCUCACCUGGCUGGGCAGCCACAUGAGGCCGGAGGCGACGCGGCGGAAAGCCCCGGUGAUGGGCUGGCAGAGAGUCCUGACGGCCACGCUGAAGAGCUCCUGCGACAGCCCGCCUUCGUCCACGCCCUGCUCGCCGGCGAACGACACCUGCGGGCACCGAGACACCCAUCGCGCCGCGGAGAACGGCACGGGGGUGCGCGGAACGCCUGUGCCCGCCCCCAGCGCAGCCGGGCCGGCUGCCGGCGCACCGGAAGCGGCGCGGCCCGGGGAGCGGCCAUGCUGCGCGGCGGAGGGCGCGGCGCGGCGGCGGUGCUGCGGCGGGCGGCAGCGGGUGGCCGCGCUGCGAGCGGCGGGCACGGACAGCAGCCGGACCCGGAGCAGGGCCACGGCCAGGGCUCAGCGCGGCCGCAGCCGCUGGAGCCGUCGCUGCUGAGCUUCCUGGUGUGCCCGCUCUCCAAGCGGCCGCUGAGGUACGAAGAAGCUACCAACGAGCUCAUUAACGAGGAGCUGGGCAUUGCGUACCCCAUCAUUGACGGCAUCCCCAACAUGAUCCCAGAGGCUGCCAGGAUGAUUCGGAAGAAGCCCCCCGCUGAGGACUCGAAGCAGGCGUGAGGACCCGCAGCCACUGCAGUGAAGUGGGGCUGAUGGCCGGAGGAGGCAUGCUCCCCUCUCUGCCCACGCUGACCGUGCUGGUGCCCCUCCUGUCCCUAGCAGGCUUGUUUUACUCGGCCAGCAUAGAUGAGACCUUCCCACAGGGCUGCACCAGCACAAGCAGCUUAUGUUUCUAUAGUCUCCUCCUUCCUAUUACGAUACCAGUUUAUGUGUUCUUCCACCUGUGGACCUGGAUGGGGAUUAAGCUUUUCAGGCACAACUAGUGCAAUGCAUUUGCUAACUCCUGGGCUUCUGUAAAGUGACGCAGUUCAUUUAAUCUCAUCUGGUAUUGCAGUUGGUUUGAGAGAGUCCCCUUCUGGCACUAGUGACUGUCAUAAUUUUCCUAGUACUCUCUGGAACUAUGAAGUCCUCUGCAGCAGCCUAUUAUUUAAUUACUCCAAGGCAGAUAAAGAGAAAGAAUAACAAGAAGUACUAACUCCUUCUAGUGUAUCCCAUCAAGUGUUGUGCAUUUGUGGUGGCACUAAUGAAAAUCUUCUAGGUAGUGAUCGUUUUUAUGAGGAAGAACUGUACCCUGACUGAAAUAUCUUAAAUAAUAAACAAUGAUAAUGAGCAGCAGUA